AUGCGACGUCCAGAUCUAAGUCCUUCACUUCUCCACCCGUCAAAUUACGACAAUGAUGCCUCAUCAUUGCGGUCGCCCUCCGAGCAGGACUCCGACUCCGACGACGAUGCCCUCCUUCAUCAAAACCGCAGUACCUUGGAGAUCGCGGAGCACGACCGUGCGGUCCUAGAAGAGGAAGAGGAGAUGGAGAAUCUCUUGACUAGGCGAGGUGCUGGACAGGGGCUGCGGAGGAUGUUCAGCCCGCAUAGUGCCAGUGUCAGAAUUGGCAAAAAGAACAAGGAGCGCCGACCGCGGAGGAACUCGCGCCGGGAACGAGUCAGCGAGGAUGGUGAACUGAUGUACGAGAUGGAAGAAGGAAUAGGUGAUGACAAUGCCUCUCUAUUGAGCAGGUCAUCUGUAGACCUGGAUGGAAAGGACGAGUACACAUAUGACCCUCCUCCACGGCCGUCAUGGAAGAAGUUCUUGUUCAUCGGAACCCUCAUUAUUAUCCUUUUCCUCAUUCUCGUCCUUGGGGCAUACAAAGCCUCGAGUGGCUUCCGAGCUUCUCGUAUUCACCCUAUACCUAUACUCUCGAACGGCACAGCACUCUUCGCGCCGACCACGAUCGUUAUCUCGCUUGACGGUUUUCGAGCCGACUUCCUCGACCGUGGCCUGACCCCUGCGCUUAACUCCCUCGUCGCAAAUGGCGUAUCUCCGCAAUAUAUGACCCCCAGCUUCCCGAGUGUCACGUUCCCCAACCAUUUCACGCUCAUGACUGGACUCUACCCCGAGAGUCACGGAAUUGUGGGAAAUACAUUCUGGGAUCCGGAGUACAAGGAGGAGUUUAUCUCCACCCAUUCAUCUAUCAGCAUGCAGCCCAAGUGGUGGAAUGCUGAACCACUGUGGGUUACAGCGGAAAAGCACCGUGUGAAGACUGCCAUUCACAUGUGGCCUGGAUCUGAAGCACAUAUCCCAGAUCGGGAGCCGACCAUCGUUGAUAAGUACAAUGGGACAGAAUCUCUAUCCCGUAAGGUCAACCGAGUAUUAGAAUUUUUAGACCUUCCAGGUCUCGAGGAUGAGUCGCAGGUGGAACCUGAGCGGCCACAAUUUAUUGCAGCCUAUGUUCCUAAUGUUGACAGCCAUGGGCACAAAUUUGGACCCAACAGCACUGAAAUUCGGUCGACAAUUACUCAAGCGGACAGCAUGGUUGCCAAUAUCAUGGCAGGUCUUGCCCAGCGAAAUCUGACAGAUAUAGUCAACGUUGUUGUUUUAUCGGACCAUGGUAUGGCUACGACAUCCACAGAGAGAGUCAUUCAACUAGACGACCUCAUUGACUACAACUUGAUUGAACAUCGCGAUGGGUGGCCAUCUAUUGGCAUUCGCCCGAAGCGGCCAGAAGAUCUGCCAGUGCUGCAAGCGCAGUUGGAGAAGGUUGCCCCAGAUUGGGGGCAUGCAUUCGAAUGGUACACCAAGGAAACGAUGCCGGAGCGCUAUCACUUCUCCAACAACGACCGCAUUGCACCUUUGUGGGUCAUCCCCAAGACAGGCUGGGCCAUUGUUGACCGGUCAGAAUUGGAUGUCAAGGCAGCUUUGAAGUCUGGGGAGGAUUAUUACCCCAGAGGUAUCCAUGGUUACGAUCAUGAACAUCCAUUGAUGCGUGCCAUUUUCAUCGCGCGUGGGCCGGCGUUCCCGCACCAACCUAAUAGCCGUGUUGAAGUAUUCCAAAACACUGAGGUGUACAAUAUUCUUUGCGACUCACUGGGUGUGGAUCCCCUACCUAACAAUGGCACUCUCCGCCUUCCAUUGAAGCCCAUCGGGCUCCAUUCCGAUGAAGAUACUCCCAUUCUGGAUACACCUCCCGAUCCACCGGCUCCAACUCAGACUUCUGCGACGGCUGAACCCUCAACCUCGGCGCCAGCGCCAGCACCAAACGUUACCACUCCAUCUGAGUCCUCCCCUGCUGCCAACAACGAUAAUGACAGUGUCAGUGACCAUGAAGGUGACAAUGGCAGUGAUAAUGAAAAAGAAUCGACCUGGUGGAACUCAGUUUGGGGUAAACUGGAUGAUUUCAAACACUGGGCUGGUGGUGUUGCGGAUGCUAUCAAGGGCAAUCACCCUGAGUCUCAGGGUUGA